GGAAAAUCUGGGGAAAUUGUAAACCAAAUCUCUGAAAUUUUAAAGGAUUUGAGUGGCAGCACUGUCAGAGACGAGCAGGUGACCUACAAAACAUUGGGAAGUCAACAUGGUCGCCGUGAUGGGUUUCUCAGCAGAAGCCCCUGGCUAACUCCAGAAUCUGUUAAACAAAAGUUGUCUUGGUAUUCUGUAAAUUAACGAAAAUGUGGAAAAUAUUACAUAACUUCUCAAGAGGUAUGUAAACUAAUAGAUUCUCGUAUGAUUGAGACCUGUAUAAAUGUACAUCAUCUCACUUUCCUUUUCAACCACCACCUCUUACUUCUUAAAUAAACUACUUUCACUUAGUAGAAUUAAUGCUUACUGGCCCUUACUGAACUUAGCCCUCUUGAAUUGAAUACAUUCUUAGAAGUGUUUUUUUUUUUUUUUUUUAAAAUUUUUUUCUAUCCGUGUUGACGAUAAUUUUUCUAAGAUCAAUCUAAACACAGUUAGUAAGUACUUUCGGGUUGUGAUUUCACAUGCACCAAUGACUAAUAAUACUAAAACUAAAACUAAAUACUAUUGAUAUUAAUAAUUAACUUUAAUAUUAUUGAUAAUUUGAUUGUGAAGUGAUUGAUUGAAAGUUGGACAUUUGACUUGGUCUUGAAAUAUUUUGUUGCUUUAAAAAAAUUUAAAAUGGUAAAUUAAAGUCGUACAUCUAAUAAGCAUCACUAGUCAGAGUCAUAAGGACCUCCUAAGUCCUAAGCCUAUGCCUAUUAAGCUUACUAAUUAGAUUAGAGCAUUCAUUAAAUAAGUCUAAGUAGUAAGACUAUGUUUUUUUUUAGGCUAGACUAUAAAUAGACGAUAGUAUGGGAUUCAUUUAUUGAUUAAGUCAUGUACUAGGCACUUCAGUAUGAUCCUGGAAGUGCCGAAAACCGGGUAUCCAGAUGGGUAUCCAGAUUUAGUUGUCAAAAUGGCGACCUCCACUUUUUAAUUCACAGAGGGUAGCAUUUUGGAUUUUUUUUGCUGAAGUUAGUUUUGUUUGUAAAUUCUACUUCCACCCUCAACUUAACGUAGAUAUUGUUGUUCAUUUGACACUUUUCUUUUAGAAAAAAAUUUGAUGGUUUGAUUUUGAAAAUUAAUGGUAAAUAAAAUAGCUAAUUUGACUCAUUCAUAAUUUUUUUGUUGAAAAUAUAUAGUUAAAAAAGAAAUUACAAAUUUUAUAUGUAGGCAUAAUUUACAACAUAUUCAAAUUUUGAAAGGUUAGGACCUGUGGAGGGGUGGGAAAUUUUUGUUCAAAUUUUUUGUCACAUGUGCCCCAAAAUUACAUAUUAUCAAUAAUGGACGUUUUUGUAGUAAGUAACUUGAUUUACACUGGGAAUCCAUCAUAUUACUCACUAAUAACUAAUUUUAAAGCAAAGCAACAAUUUAAUAGCACCAAUACUUAUUUUUCUGAUGCUUUUAUUAUGAGGUAUUAUUGGGGGAGUGGGAUAAAUAGCCCAAGCCUUAUUAUCAUUACAACUAAUAGUAUAAAUAUAUAUAUAUAUAUAUAUAUAUAUAUAUAUAUAUAUAUAUAUAUAUAUACUAUGCCUAGUAUUGUAUAUAAUAGUAUAGGCCAAAUAACAUCCCAACUUAUUAUUGCAGGACAUAUCAUAGGUACAAAUACUUAUUUUUCUUAUGCUUUUAUUAUGAGGUAUUAUUGGGGGAGUGGGAUAAAUAGCACAAGCCUUAUUAUCAUUACAACUAAUAGUAUAAAUAUAUAUAUAUAUAUAUAUAUAUAUAUAUAUAUAUAUAUAUACUAUGCCUAGUAUGGUAUAUAAUAGUAUAGGCCAAGUAACAUCCCAACUUAUUAUUGCAGGACCUAUCAUAGGUACUGACAUUUUAGGCUAUGUAAUCAUAUUUUAAUGAAAUAUUAUGAUUCUUACAUUUUAAAAUGGAAAUGUUUAAAAAAAAUAUUCACUUACCUUUGAUAUGGAAAUAUCCUAUAUUCACUCACAAAUCCCAAUAUUCCACAAGAAACUUAUUAUAUAAUCCUCAUGCAUCAUUCUGUAGUGUGGGAGCCAAUCAAAAAUAAAAAUGACUUUGUAACUGUUGGAACGUGUCUAAAGGCAGGCCAUCAAAAAUAGAACAUUGAAAUUAUUUUUACAGAAUUACAAAUAGUUCACUGUAGCAAUUAUAGUGUAUAGUACUUUAAAUAAAUACCGGUAACAGUAUUUUUAUACUUUUCCAUGUGACACCUUCCUUGACAAUGAAAAUCUUCUGUCUAUAUUUAUGAGAUAUAAAUAAAAUAAAAUUUCUUUUAAAAUGUGCAGACAACAUGUUUUUAAUUAAAAAAUGACCACCAGGUUGUGUCAUAAUGUUGUAAUGCUGAGUUACAUUCUUAAAAAAGACAUAUCAAACCAUCAUUAAAAUCAAAUUCAUAAUUAUGACUGCUCUAGUCAACAAUACAUUAAGCUUUUGUCUAAAUAUUAAUUAUUAUGUUUAUAUAUAAAAUUUCUGAGGAUAUAUUGGCACAUCUUAAAAUUAGUCAAAUUUUACCAGUCUGCUUGUUUUUGUCUAUAUUUAAAUCUCUUAUUCUAAUGCACUCUUAUUGUGCUGUAUUUUGAGAUCUACUUUGUCAAUUGUUGCUUUUAAUUUGCAUCAAAUUAUCUUACUUAAACCGUGAUUUAAAAUGUUAUUUUCAGCACUAAGACAACAUCUUCAUAGCCCUCGCACUUCUGCUGGCCUCUAUGUUGAUGAAGAACCAGAGGUGCAUGAGCUUGCUGAGAAAAGGGAUAAAUUUUGUCCUAUCUCAUGGAUGAAAAAAAGCUCUCAAGAUGUUUGCGAAAAACCAAUUUGCAGUGCACAAGUUCUAAAUAGGUACUAUAUUAUUAAAACAUUACUAAUGGAAAAUUCCAAUAGGAAUAAAUCAACUUUUGAGUUUACUCAAAGAUAGUGAUGACACACAAUCAUAAACAUUUUAUGUUAUAUUCAUUUUAAUUUACAAAUACAUUUUUUAAACAAAAAGGUCAAAUUUAUGUAUAACCUAACAAUUAGAAAUAUUUAAUAAACAUGUUGUCAAAUAAGUAUUCUUCUUAUUUCAUUAAUUUAUUAUGGUAGCGGCCAGGGCCGAGGUUAACAAAAGCUGCGUGCAGGUCAAAACCUGAAUUUAGACCUUCUCUACCCCAAAAAGUAUAUAUUAUUAUAAAUAUUUGGAAUGAAAAAAAUGACAAUUUCGGCACUCUCUUGCCCAAUCUCCCUUUAUUUCAUUUAUUAAAAACUUAGCAUCUUUUAAUAUUUUUAAAACAGUUUUUUGACCAGAUCUUUUCCAACACAUUUUCGGGGGUGUUAUUGGGUGUAAAAAGCCAAUUUGCUAAUCUAUCAGUGUCUUGACCUGUGAAUGAUUGGUUUCUUUCAUCAAAUUCUUUUACACAUUCAUAUGUCGUAAUCACACCAUAUUGAACGCAAGUCCCUUUUCUAAAAGCAAUGUAAACUUUAAUAAGAAACAUAUAUAUAUAUAUAUCUAUAUAAGGCUGCAUGGUGAAUCAAACACAUGUAUAACACAGCUUGCUAUGAGUAGACUUAUAUAGUACAACCUUCAUCCACAACGUUCUCUCAUCAACUGCUCAAUCAAAUAGCACAUACACCCGAGACAGACUAUAGAUACCACUUCACAGCUACAAUAAAAUUACGUCACCAUCCUAGUGGUGGGAAAAACAUUCAUAAAACACACACCUCUAAAUAAAACAUUCGAAAUAAAAUACAAUAUUCGGUGCACACCAAUUACUAGUGUAUAGUGGACAAUCAGAAAAAAUAAAUUGUUCUAAAGAGUUAUCAGCCAUAAUUUUUUGGUAAUCCAUAUUUUAUUUCAACAGCUUACAUAUACAAAAUCAAAAUGAAGGUAUUGAGGGAAAUUAUCAGUGUGGCAAUACUGGCAGGAAAGACAAAAGGGAAUGGUGGCAGUCAUGUCAUAAGGACUUCUGGCAUAUUAUGCGCCAGACAGAACAUAUGGUUGAGGCUAUAUCAUUGGUAGGGUUAACUUAGAAUCAUUAUAAUUUUAAAAUAUUUAUUGUGAUCCUUACUUUUAUGUAGUUCAGAUCAUUUUGUGAAAAAACAAGCACUUAAAAUGCUUUGCAUGUUGAUUUCUGGUUUUCAAAUUAUCUUUGAAAAAGUCAUAAAAAUAUUGUUGGUAGCCACCAUUUUCAUUGCUGGUCCAAAUAAAAAGUUUUGAAUUUAUAUUUUCUACAGGGAACUGCCAUAUUAUGGGGUACAGACAAAGACAGAUUAAGAAGAAAAUCGGUGCUUUUAUACAGACUCAUCUUUUCUGUGCCUGGCAAUCACAGCUCUUUGAAAAAUGUAAUAGCCGACUCCAUCACAACUGCAUCAACAACGAUUUUGGGUCCCAAAUUUUCAAAUGGAUUGUUAGCAAUCAAAGAUGCCUCGGGAGCUGCCCAUGAUGCAGUAAUUAAUAAAUCCAAGUCUGAGGUAAUGCAUUACAAUUGCAUUGAAUAUUAGCUAUUUUGUUGCACAAAUUUGUUGCAGCGGAGAGUUCAAACUACAAAAUAAAAUCUUAAUGUAAAAAAAGCUAAAAAUUCCAGUAUUUAACUUAUUAACAUCUUGCAGUUCAACAGUCUCUUUACUUGAUUAGGUAAAAUUACUAUUCAUGAGUCAGGAAGUGACUGUACAAAAAUUACACAUAAGAAAAGGAAUGUUGUUUGUACAUCCCACUAGUCCAUUAAUUUUUACUUUAUAAGAUUCCAUAGCAAACUGGAUUCUUAGGAUCUUUCCUAACCUGGUUUUCUGUAAGGGUUUUUCACUCUUGAACUUUGAAUUUCCCAAGACCCUAAAAAUUGAGUUUGGAUUGUUUAUAUCAUAGGUAGCAGUGAGAGUGUGCUAUUCAUUUAGUCAAAUUUUCUAAGAUUCAAGAAAUUGAUUUGUGUUACUAUAUUUUUUAAGUUUAAAAAAAAAUUCUUUUUUUAGACAUUGGAUUCUGCUCUGGAAGAGUUCCAGACGAUGUGUGAUGAAUAUAAAGCACUUAAUGAGAGCUAUCUAGGACUACAGGCCAAGGGAAGGGGAGACAUGACCUCUGCUGUGGAACAUUUGCGCACUUCCUGCCUACUUGGGAACUCUUCGGCAUGCUUCAAUCUGGGAUUGUGUUAUGAAACUGGAGAUGGAGUUGAACAGGAUUCAGAUACUGUAAUUUGUAAUUACUAUUGCGAAAUUCAUUUACCUUUAUACAUUUUUCUAUAAUUUUAGUGUGGUCAGGUCACCCCUUCACUGUUUGAAGUUAAUAAAUAAUAUAUUCUGUAGCACAGUAGUAUCCACAGUUUCAGAUAAAUCAGUGGAGUCAUAUGAUUUGGAAGGAAGAAAACAUGAUUUCAGUAAAAAAAAUUCUGAAGACAAUAAAAAGUAACUGAACUAUCUUUAAUUUUCAAAAAGUUAAUAAUUACUACUUCCUUUCCACUUCAGUGCAUGUGUCAAACUUCAUUAAAUCCCCUUAGUGCUACUAAGGCAUACAGAUUGAAAAGCUAGCAGAAAGGUUUCAUUGGAUAUAUUUAUUAUAAUGGGGAAAAUUGCCAUUUCCUGAGGCUUUGAUUGAAUGAAUAACUGUGUGUAUUUUUGUAACAUAGGCUAUUCCUACAAUGGUCAACAUUUUUAGUUUUUUAAUUUGGAUCACUAAAAUCAAAUGAGUGGUCCUUUACUGUAAAUUAGUUAAAAACCAAUCCUGUACCAGGCUAAAUUGUAUGGAUUUCUUAUGUCAAUAUACUUUCCUAAGAAGACUGUGUAUAGACAUAUUGUCUAUUGCCUCAAGCCUUCAAACCUAUAGUGCAUAAUUUCCUCAUCACCACCAGUAACAGAAACAUUGCAAAUCCCAUCUACAUGCAUAGGAGCCAAAAUGAUCAAUAAAUUGAUCGUGGGCCCUUAAGAUAUAGAAGAAGAAGAAGACAUAUCUGUUGUAACUUGCUUCAUGACAAAUGCCACUUUGAAUGACUAUGGCAGAUAACAGUGAUUUAAAUCUAAAAAACCUUUUUAUUCAAAAUUAUUUUCUAGGCUGAACACUACUACAAAAUGGCAGCAAAGCGAGGUAACAGACUUGCCCUUUAUAACCUUGGUCUCAUGUACCUGGAUCAACAACUUGAAGAUGAACAUUCGGACUGUUCCUGUCCCAGCAGACAGAAAGAGGGAAUCAGUCUCAUGGAAAAGGCUGCCUGGCUGGGAUUGGCAGAGGUAAUGUUAAAUCUUUUUCUGUCUACUAGUUAUUAAAUAAAAUGUCAACAGAACCAAUCACACUUUCUUACUGAUAUACUGUUAAACUGUUUUGGACAAAUAGGUAACAAAAGUCAACAAAUAACCACAUGAAAAUGAAGUAAACAGAUGUUUUAAGGACUGGAUGAUGCUAUAAAUAGGUCACUCAGCUUCUUAGUAUGACACAGAAGACAGUGGAGUCAGUUAAGCACUGGUUGACCAUGAACAAGCUCAAAUUGAACAAUGAAAAGACCAAGCUGAUCCCCAUUGCUACUGCUCCAAAGCUAAAAUCUGUAAAUAACACACCAUCCCUUACUCUCUCGGAUGUGCAGAUUGAGUUUGCUCAAACAGUGUGAAACCGGGGUGUCUACUUGGACUGGACACUAACUAUGGAAAAUCACAUUAACAUGCUUUGCAAGGCAAUUUUUCUAGAGCUGCAUAGAAUUAGUCAUAUCAGACCUUUCUUAACGUUUGAUGCAUCAAAGAGGCUGAUGUCUGCAUUCGUGCUAUCACACAUGGGCUACUGCAAUGCUCUCAUGGUGCGUCUUUCAGCUACGCUCCCAGAUAAAAUAAAAGAAAGCACAGAAUAAUGAGGCUCGCAUUGUUCUUAGCAAACAUUUCCGACCAUGUUAAAAUACUUCUGAGAGAGCUGCAUUGGCUGCCGGUCCGUGCUCGCAUAGAGUACAAAAUUGCAACUCUGUGCUGCUUGCAUGACCUGGCGCCGUUCUAUCUCAAUGCCCUCACAACGCCUUAUGUACCCACUAGACAACUCCGCUCAUCCGAUAGUGGCAAACUCUCAAUACCGCAUGUUUUCCUUGAGACUUACGGAAGGCGCAAUUUCGCAUUUGCUGGCCCAACAAUUUGGAACACCCUUCCUGUCUAUCUCAGAAACAGCCAGACACUGGAAUCCUUCAAAACGAUUUGAAAACCCAUCUAUUUCUCUAACACCUGCUGGAGUAAUGUUGCCUACCAUCUUUUCCAGCUAGCUAUUGUUUCCUAGAUGUACAUUGGCUUGUGUUGUUCAUGGUUGUAAGGGAUGAAAGACUUUGAAUGGGGAUGCUUGUUUAUAGUUUUUGUAGUGUUGCGUUUUGUGUUUCAAUGUGGUAAAAUAUAGAUUGUUAAAUUUUUCUUUGGUUGACUUUGUACCGCGUUUCGAGCGGGGUGAAGCGUGAUUUUCAAAUAAACUAUAGUAUUAUUAUUAUUAAGUAUUCACUUAUAAUUAACAUCUAUGUUACAAAGGUGGUUUAAAGAAAGUGAUACAAGAAAAAUUAAAAUGUUACCUUAAUUUUGUUAUGGAUUAUAUUUCAAACUGUAUAAUUUAAUUACAGGCGCAGACCUACCUUGGGAUCCACCAUUUUCAGGAGAAUCAAGAUCCGGCCAAAGCUGUGCCAUAUUUCAAAGCUGCAGCAGACCAAAAUGUAUGUAGUUUUUACUUUAUAUAAGCUACUAGCGAGUACCCGGCAUGCGUUGCAAUGCCACUCAAAGAAAGAAAAUGGUUGCAUGUUAAUUAUGUUUUUUCAAGAGCUUUUAAAUACUGUUUUUCUUGUUUUUCUAUCUGGUAUAUACACGAAUAAAUCAGAAGAUUUUCCGACGCGAGAGCAGGCCACAUAUAUCUGUCCAUGGGAGAAGCAUGGGUUUUCCAAAUUUAGUCCGCAAACUUGUAGCGAUUGUCCCUGUGCUUUGUAGAUAGUCAUUGUAGACGCGUGUCACAUCGGAAACUGUAGGCGUUUGAAUUCAAAUGGCAUAUCUGUUGGAAUCAUUAGGGUGAAUGGCAAAAGUACAUCACCUAGUUUAAAUUUUCCAUUUAAAAUAGUAACUUCAAUUGAACCAAUUUUGGAAGAUUCAUUUGAACAAAUGUACCGUACCUAAUGCUUCGAUAUCAAAGUACGUUUCUCGUUGCAAAUCAAGAGCGAAACGUUUGUUUGCAGAUCGAUUCCGAGAGGUCAUUCCCAACUCAUGAAUCAUCAAAUAUGAAUAGUAUUUCAUGGCACUGACUUUCUUAUUCGAAUUUCUCAAUUUGAUGUCAAAUGAUAUCCAUCUUCUCCUUGCCAAACAUGGCACUGACUUUCUUAUUCGAAUUUCUCAAUUUGAUGUCAAAUGAUAUCCAUCUUCUCCUUGCCAAAAUAAAAUAUGAUAUUGCAAUCAAUCGUAUUAGUGAUGAGUUUCUGAGACUCGCUGAACAUCCCCACUUCUGCGAUGAAGCAUUAUAUCACGUGAGUUAAAUUCUUCGCCAACUAUAACGAUCGCCACUUCAUCAAUUGUUGGUGCAUUGUAUUGUCUUUCAUGUUGGCCGACAGGUGUUUAAUCUGCUCUAACUAUGACUUUGUAUUCAUCAGUCGGCAUCUUUUCAAGUGCAAUUCUGAACAUUUGAAUUAAUUCGUUGUGUUGCAUUAAUAACGUUUGCAUUGCAGCGACGAUUUCUCGUUUAGUGCCCCUAUUGAUAUGACAACGUUGAUCAAGUGUUCAUCAGUAUUUCCCAUGAAAUCAUGUUAAGACAUUUGUGAUCUGUGUUUGGCAUUGGCAUAAGAGAUCAUACACGAUAGUAAAUUUGGCCUUGCACUUUACUUUAAAUGUUGGCAUGUAAUUCUCGAGCACGAUAUUUGUUGCACCGAACGAUGUCAUUUGGAACAUGAAUUGCACUUGCCAAGAAAUGUUUCGAUUGGCUAUUGUCACCUGACACCAACGUUGAUAAUGGUUCCGAUGGUGAAUGUAAUUCUGGCAAUUUCAUUUUCCCAUCCGCGCAGCAAAUUCCCGGUGUUUCAUUUUUAAAUUUGAUGGCACUGCAAUACACGCAUAAUUGAUCUAUUUUUCAAAAAAACCAAUGUAGUGUUUAAAUAACACAGUAAAAUGCUCUAGCACAUGGACAACAACUCACCAAGUUUUGUAGCAAUCGCAUUAAUGGUGUAGGAGCGCAUACGGUUUGAAAAUAUAUUUAUAUAGCUCAUAUAAGGAAAAAUGAAUAUAGGGCCCCUGGCUCAAAACUGAAUACUUUAAAACGGUUGUAACAAUUUAUAAACCUUUAUGGACAUGCUUGCAACAUCUCACCAAAGUUUUAUCGGAAUUGGAUAAAUGGCGUAGGAGCGCAUAUGGAAAUUAUUUUUUACAUAGCUCAUAUAAGAAAAAAAAACAAUUAAGGGCCAAUGGCUGGAAAUGAAAAAUUUGAUAAGGAUAGUAAUGACUCAGUUAAAUGACCGGUUAUGUGGAAAACAACUGUCCAAAGUUUUGUCGCAAUCGCAUGAAUGGUGUAGGAGCGCAUAAGAGACAUACAGACAUACAUACAAACAUUCAUUUUUAUAUAUAUAGAUUGUUGUUUCCAUAAUAGAAUUAAAAAACAUGCACAUUUUUUUAUGCUCUAGACAUUUGGUUUAUUUGGGUAAUAAAUUUAUAAACCAUAAAGGAAGUCUAACUCUGGUGUGUUGUAUAUUAAUCUAUUUGAGAGUGAAAAUAAUAUUUGCUUCAUUUUGAUAUUGGCUUUUUUUAUUCUUUAAAAUAUUUGUUGUUUAAUCUAUUAUAUUGUAGAUUAAUGGAAAAAACAAAUCUUUCCUUAAAAUAAUAAUUUAAUACACUGGGUGCUGGGUGGCCGAAUGGUCUAAACUGAGCAAAAUCAAGUUGGUGGUCUGGAGUUCAAUUCCAGCUAGAGCCCAGUCAAGCAAUAACACCACAAGCACCCCGGGUAGAUGAGACUCGUUAACCUUGGAUGGCAACUCAUCUAAGAGAAGGAAACUCUGAAAUCAAACCCGGAGAUGGAGUCCCGAAAGGCGGAUAACAUUGAUAAAAUGAAACAUUCCGGCAACUCCUGCGACGUCACUGGUGCCAAGCUGUAUCAUCCAUUGAUGUUCCCUUGGGUUACCCAGCGGCGUGGAGAGAGGCGAUUUGCUGUUGGGAACCAGCUUAUAAUCCUUGAAGUAUAAUCCCAGGCCAUGUGGAUUUCGUCCUCCGAAGCCCACUCCAUCGUCACAUUGUGACGGACGGAUGCCAACAAAAAAAACAAAAACAAAAAAACACUGGGUAUAGAUGUCCUUAUAAAUUAUUUCAUAUUUAAAAAUGAAAAAUUAGAUUGAAUGAUUGUAAAAGUUGACCUAUUCACCAGGAAUGAAAUAAGUUAAGGGUAUUUUUUUUAUUGCUUAAGUAACUUUUACUUAAGUAAACUUAGUAACUUUUACAACAAACAAACAAAAUUUUGUUAGGGGUCAGUAAAUAUUUACCUUUAAACAGAUAGAGGUGGCUCACUUGUAAAAAAAGAAUGAAUGUGGUAUAUGCAAUAUGAGUAUGUACAGAGUUGACCUACUGCUAAUUUAUGCAUUGCUCAAAUGGUAAAAGUAAUAAGAUAAGAUUCUUUUAUUAAUCCAAACAAAUGUUUUAUGAUUGCAUAGUACAUUUUCAGCACAUAAAUAAAAAAAUUGAACACAUAUUAAUAAAUUAAUUUACAGCCAUUCAGCAAAUUAAACAUUCAUUUCAAUUAUUUGUUUAAAAUGAUGUGGUUAUUUUUUAGAUUUUAAAAACAUUUUUCUUUUUAAACUCCAUUUCCUACAUUGCAAUUUAUUCAAAACAAGGUGAACAUUUUUUAAGAAUCAACAGUAUAUAUUACAUCACAUUUAUUUCAAGUAUUAGUAGUAACUAAAUCUGGUGAUGUAAAUCUCUUGAUUUCAAGGUCCAUAUAUUAUCCCCCAAAAAUAACUAUAGCUAGGUAUAUUUUGUUUUAUAUUUUGAAACAGGACACAGAAGCCCAAUACUUCUUGGCAAUAUGUUAUGAGCAAGGCUGGGGUGUUCAGGUGAAUGAAUGUCGUGCUGCUCAGCUUUAUUCAUUGGCUGCCAACGCUGGACAUGAAACUGCACUUUAUAAUUUAGCAGUCUUCACUGAACAUGGCCUGGGUGGUAAGCUUUAUUCUAUAAGUUUUAUGCAUGUCUUAGACAGUUCUAAAACUGAAAUAAAAACCAGUUCUAAAACUGAAAGAAAAACCUUUCUUAAUUUUAUCAAGUUCCAUUAUUUAAUAAAGCUGGUUUGUGGCCAUAUUUUGGAAUUUAAAGUACUGUACAAAAAAAUUAUACUUGCUGAUACUUAAGCUUUUGAUUUAAAUUACAACAUGGUUAGCUUUAAAGGUAGCAAUUAAUUUAGUCAGUAUUCAUUUUAAAAAGACUUCAUUUUUUUUGUCCAUACCAACUACAUUCUGUGGCCCAUCACAGGUUUGCCAGAAAAUCUUAAUGGAGCUAUAGAUUUGUACAAGAAAGCUGCAGAAAUGGGCAGUGAGCAAGCCAAAAUACGACUGGAUGAAAUCACUUUAUCCAAUGCCAGAGCUCAUGAACAGAAAGGUGAGCAGUUGUGUUGCAAUUUUUUAAAAUGAAGACUUAUAUUGAGUUUAAGAAUAUAUUUAUGUAAAGAUGUUAUUUUAAAUUGCGCUCUGUACAUGAUUUUUUUUCCUUUAUUUAUUUUUAAAAAAAUUAGCUUUUUAAAGUUAUUUCCUUUCAUGCUGAUAAUUACUUGUAAAAAUGAUUGUAUCUGUGAAAUAAUUAAUUUUAAAAAUAUUCUCAGAAAAAUCCAAGGCUGUCCAGCAUCUACAGUUUAAUGAUCAUAGCAAUGAACUUUCAUUGAGCCAUCACAAUGUGAGCCUAAGCCCUUCGGUCUCAUCACCAAACCUCACAGAUUAUUUCCACACCAAUUUAUUCGGAUUCUUCAGUAAGAACCCAUCAGACAACAAUUGGCAUAGUGAACAUGGGAGAUCACUUGACCAAGGUGGCAAUGCAAACUUUCAUCUCGAUUUUGUUGGAGAUGACUCACAUACCAAGAGUAGAGAAUUAAAACCAAGUUUUGGAAGUGUACAAGAUGAGAUGCUGUCUCCCAGAACCCUUCAUCGAUCUCACACAUUUCCAAAUAUGGCUUUAAUUGCAUGCUAAUUGACCCUAUGUGAUAAAUUUGAACAAAAACAUUUCACUACCCUGUGUGAUAAGUUUGAACACAAACAACUGUGUUCAUUGAAUCCUCUCACCCUUCAUAGGAUACUGCAUUAGCCUUGCAUCCAGACUUACCAUUACUUUAACAUGUUGUUAUGCCUUCAUCAAUUGUUGAUUUAAAAGUUUCUUUGAUUCAAGUUUUUUUUUUCAUGAAUGUUAAUAAAUAAAUUUUUAAAAUGUAGGCGUAUCAUAUCCUUUACUGUAAAUAUUGUCAUACCCAAUAAAUAAUAUUGUUGAGUUAAUUUUCGCAUCAAAAUUUGACAAAGUUUGUAUAUUUUACAUCAAAUUCAUUUUAUAAUUUGUUUGCAAAAAGGUUUCUCAGUUUUGCAAAAUUUUCUCAUCUUUGCAGGCAAUUUUCCAGCCACUUCCCUCUGUAAAUGUCUUUCAACCCAGCAUCACAAUUUAUUUAUUGUUUAAGAGAAGUGCAGUGAAAAAUUUUUCUAUUUUACUUUGACUUAAAGUAUGCAACUACUUUUAGAAAAUCCUAAAAAUUAAUUGUGUGCCAUAUGCAUGAAUCUUAACUCUACUUAAUCGUAUGUACCAGAUAUUGUGAAAAUGGUGCACAGCACCUUGAUACCAAUUUACUAUGAAAUGUCAAUAUUUCAGUAUCUCCUCUUUUGUUUAGAACUGCAAUGCUUUGCUUGGCUUAAUCUGAUUCCGCAUUGAAAAAUCCAACAACUUGGAUUUUCACACUUCUUAAUUUUGCAGAAUGCAGAAUUAUGUAAAUAAGAUUUAACUCUUUAUGUAGCCAACCAAUUAAACUUCCCCUAAAGCUGCCUCAUAGCAUAUUCUAGAGCAAGGGUUAGGAGCCUUCAGUUUUCAAGUGCAGCUUUUUACUCAGUCCAAUUUUUUUGUUUGUUUUAUACUAACUUUCCAUUUACUAGGCUUUAAAAAAUGUUACUAGUAAAGAUAAUUUUCAAUGUCAUUUUAGUGAAUUUUUACAAUACAUAUAAAUUUAUAACAUUAUAUACGCUAGUAGACAAAUAAGAGCAUGGUUUGGCAGUGUGUGUUUACCACCUCCACUACUUGGUUCUGUAUCAGCAAUUGCACAGUUCCCAAAACUUUUGGACUAAAACAUGUUUGUAUGUUCUUAUAGGACAAAACAGCUUGCAAUUAUUGAAGUUUUUUAAUGCAGCCUUAUUUGAUUAGAGAUUGCUGCCUUCCUACAUGAAAUGGUUACCCACCCCGUUUGUACAACUGUACUCCAUUGAAUUAAUAUUAUUAUUUUGUAUAGAUUCAAUGAAUUUCAAUUGAAAACAAACUUAACACAAACUAUGUGUGACAAUUAACACUGAAUUUAUUAGCUUUCUUUAACAAAGCUGAACUUCAUCUAAAAACUUGAAGAAUGAGUUUUUACCAAGAUGAAAUAAGCCAUUACAUUAUAUUUAUAUGUUGAAGUUGAAGUACUUUAUUCUAAUGAGUAAGGUCUAAUUUAGUUGGCUUUUGUCUGGCAUUUUACUUUUAUUAAUUUUUUUACAAUCAUGAGUAGUGAUAUGACAACAGUUUUUCACUUAACUUUUAUACUGUUAUCCUUAAUUUUUCAUACAAACCACAUAGAUCAUAAUUGCAUUUCUAGGCCUUUUUGUUAAUCUGUUUUUUUCACUUGCUUUGCUAUUUUUAAUAACAUCUCGGAUCAUCCUGCAUGUUUUUUUUUACAAGAAG